AUGUCCAUGAUGAGCAGCGAAGCAGAAACCCCCGAUCCCGUCGACGGCCAACAUGAAGACGAUCAGCCCGAAACUGACCUCGACGAGGAUGCCGUCAAUGAUACCACCAUGCACGACGACGAAGGUGAUACCUCACAAGCAUUUCAACCCAAUGGCAAGCCCUACGCGGUCCCGGACGAAGCUACAGACUACAGUGUUUUCUCCAACCCUCCCGACUUGGUUGCCAUGCGCCAUCGAAUCUUCGCUGUCGAGGAGCCUAUCGAGCUUCCCGCCGCCGACUUCGACACCUACUUCUUGUUUGUUGACAAUGUUUGGCGCAAGAUGCGUACUACCGAACCCCAACCUGAAGGCAGUCCCCGUGUCGACUACUAUGCCUGCAGACUGCGACGCGGCAACAAUCAGAAAACUCACCUGCCUCGACCGACCCCAGAGGGCAAGCAGUCGCGCAAGAAGAGAGUCAAGGAGGAGAAAACGUGUGGCAUGACCAUGAAAGUGGUAUACAACCCUGGCUCACCCGAAACUUGCACAAUCUCUCGAGCUGUCGACACCUUCCAGAAGCAUUCCCACGACCUUGAUUACAUCGAUGCCACCAAGCGCAACACGGGUAUCAUGGACACUGCGCGCCGGGAGGCAACAAAGGGCUUUUUACCUGCCUCCAUAUUCUGGAAGAUGUGGGAAGAACCAGAAAAGAUGCAUGCAGCAGGUGGUAAAUUUAUGAAGGUGUCAGAUGUCCGCAAUGUUCAAUAUGCCUGGCGACAAGAGAAUCAACAGAUGGUUCUCAAGGCCCAUACUGGUUUCAAUGCCACUCGUGCUCCGCGCCAACGACAGCCAACCCCGACCAAACCUUUCCCACCCGCUAUGCAGCCUGGCCUCUUCGGUCGACUGGAACCUUCCAAGCCUGAGCUCCCAACUCCUCCACGCCAACCAGCGCCCUUGGACACCUUGCAGUAUCCCGACCAUGCCAGAGGCUUCCUUGAGCCAUAUAUCCCCAACCCAACGCUUGCGGCAAGUCGUCUUCGUCCUCAUGUCACCUUGACAUGGGCCAGCAGUCUCGACAGUCGCAUAUCGUUGCUUCCUGGCUUGCAAACCAUCAUCUCAGGACCCGAAACCAAAGCCAUGACUCAUUAUCUUCGAAGCCGGCACGAUGCGAUUUUGGUCGGCGUUUCCACUGCUAUAGCAGAUGACCCGGCUUUGAAUUGCCGCCUGGCACUGCCAGCAAACUAUGCCGGAGUUGCCUGGGAAUUUCAGCCUCGCCCCAUCAUCAUUGACCCCUCUGCACGACUUCAUGUACGGCCUGAGAUGAAAUUACUGAAGAAUGCCACGGAGGGCAAAGGCAAAGCACCGUGGAUCGUGGUGGCGCCCGGUGCUAUGCUCCACCCCCAAGCAGUCACCACUCUCAAGGCCCAUGGGGGAGAGUACCUGAUGAUCAACGACUAUCAUCCUCAGACUGGAGGGCUGAAUUGGGAAGGAAUAUUCAACGUACUGUACCGAGAAGGAAUCAAAAGCAUCAUGAUCGAAGGCGGCGGUGUAGUCAUCUCCGAACUGCUCAAGUUGAAUUAUGCCCACUUGAUCGAUUCAGUUAUUCUGACGAUCGCGCCAGCUUUCUUUGGGAAGGCAGGAGUUCCAGUGGCCCCAGACCCAACCUUUGACCCCACAGGCAAGCCUAUUGCUACGAGAUUGAAGAAUACCCGCUGGCAGCCAAUGGGAGAGGUCGACGUCGUUCUAUGUGCUCACAUGGUCCAAGAUCGGCCUACGAAUGGCAUUCUGCCUGGAAUUGAAGAAUUCUCCCAAGCGAUGCCUGGUGGGGAGCCACAACGUACACCUUUGAAACAGCCAUUACCUACCCAACCAAAUGCAGCAUCCCCUUCACAGCCUCCAGCGCAGCCGCAGCUUCCUCCACAGUCACACACACCGUCACAAAUUCUAGCCCAACCUCAACCGUCUGCAUCAGGUCAGCCGCAGCCGCAGCCGCAACCAUCUCCCGUUGCAGCGCCUCCAGCACCAAGUUGA